AUGUUACCUGUUCCCGCACCGAGUGACACGGGCCCGCCCCCGCCGCUCGGCGUCCAGAAAGGGGUUACGGCCGCGCGACCGGGAUCGCGCCGGAAGCUGCGGCGGCGGCGCGCCGACGACAGGAGGGCCCGAGAAAGAAAUAAGAACGACCGGUCAGAUACCAAACACAAGGGGGAAGCACUGAGCUACGUGGUUACCAGUUCACAGCGUUUGGUGUUCCCGCCCGGAAUCCCACCCCUAUGGCACCGAGAGGCCCAGACCGGAAGCGGAAGCUCCGGUCCUGGGUCCGAGGCGCUGCCCCCGCUCUCCCGCUCACUCUGGGUCUCUCCGCCUCCCGGAGCCUCGGGACCUCCUGUCACCGGGACGCCGCCACCGCCACCGCUUCCCGCGCGAUCCGUGCCGGGCGGCCGCAGCCGCUUCCUGGACGCUGAACCUCGGAGGCGUCGCUGCCGCCGCUUCGGGCGCGAUCCUGCCCAGGCGGCCGCAGCCGCUUUGCGGACGGAUCUGCGUCUCUCGGUGCAGAAGCAGGAUUCAGUGCUCAUUGAGGAUGUGGCCGUGGUCUUUACCCAGGAAGAGUGGACUUUGUUGGAUCUUGCUCAGAGGAAACUCUACACAGAUGUCAUGAUCGAAACCUUGAGAAACCUGGUCUCUCUCUCUAGACAUAGAAGAACUCAUAGUGGAGACAGGCCAUAUGAUUGUAAGGACUGUGGGAAAGCAUUUAUUCAGCCCUCAGAGCUCUCUAGACAUAGAAGAACUCACAGUGGAGAGAGAAUUCACAGUGGAGAACGGCCUUAUAAAUGUAAGGAAUGUGGCAAAGCCUUUAGUUGUUCAUCAUCCCUCACUCGACAUGUCAAUGGUCACAAUGGGUUGAAGCCUUAUGAAUGUGAAGAAUGUGGAAAAGCCUUCAGUUAUCCCUCAACCCUAAAUAUACAUAGAAGAACUCAUAAUACAAAGAUGUAUUAUCAAU